AUGUGGGUCAAUUCCGGAACCGUCGGAAGGGCCCUCUCCAUGGAUAUAGACACAGACUAUGAGCGGCCCAAUGUGGAAACCAUUAAAUGUGUGGUGGUAGGGGAUAAUGCAGUAGGCAAGACCAGGCUAAUCUGCGCCCGGGCCUGCAAUGCCACCCUCACACAGUAUCAGCUGCUUGCCACCCACGUGCCAACCGUCUGGGCCAUCGACCAGUACCGUGUAUGCCAGGAGGUGUUAGAGAGAUCUCGUGAUGUAGUGGAUGAGGUCAGUGUGUCCCUGAGGCUAUGGGACACAUUCGGGGAUCAUCACAAAGACAGACGAUUUGCCUAUGGCAGGUCAGACGUAGUGGUGCUUUGCUUCUCUCUGGCUAAUCCCAAUUCCCUGCGCCAUGUACGCACCAUGUGGUUUCCGGAGAUCAAGCACUUUUGUCCCCGGACACCCAUCAUUCUGGUUGGCUGCCAGCUGGAUCUGCGCUAUGCUGACCUGGAUGCAGUUAACCGUGCACGCCGACCCCUAGCCAAACCCAUCAAACCAACUGAUAUCCUUCCACCAGAGAGAGGCCACGAGGUGGCAAAGGAACUUGGGAUUCCCUACUAUGAGACCAGCAUUGUUGCUCAGUUUGGAGUCAAAGAUGUUUUUGACAAUGCCAUCCGAGCUGCCCUGAUCUCCCGUCGUCACCUGCAGUUCUGGAAGUCCCACCUGAAAAAGGUCCAGAGGCCACUUCUCCAGGCUCCCUUCCUGCCUCCUCGCCCGCCUCGCCCCAUAGUGGGCAUCCCAGACCCUCCUCCCACAGAGGGCGAGGGCCCUGAUUCCCUUUUCUGCCAGCCACUGUGUACAGAUGUUCUCUUCCUUCUGCAGGGUGGCGGCACUCGCGUGUUUGCACACAAAGUAUAUCUGGCUACUUCCUGCUCCAAAUUCUAUGACCUCUUCACCCUUGAUCUUGGCGGAUCAUGCAUGGGGCCACGGUGGGAGGAACAAGAGAGCAAAGAAAACUUGGAGAGUGGGGAGGAAGAUGAGCAGAGCAGGAGAGGAGCUAAAGAGCAAGCUGGGCGCACUAAGAGCCUGGACAUUGAUAAGGAUGGGGUUGAUGGAGGAGUGCGGGGCCUGAAUCGACCCCAGUUGCUCCAGCAGGGCUCUUUGAGGACUUCCCAGAGUGAUAAUGCACUCCCCUCUCGAGCCCACUACUACCUGGGAGCACUAGGGACUGGUCGAGCACUGUCAGGAUGGGGAAGGGGGUUCCUGAGUGUGUGUCUGGAGCAUGUUGAUGAUCCCAUGACUGGACGACCACGACUCAUGACUGUGGUAGCCAUGGAUGCGCUUAUACAGGAAGAACCAUUUAAGGCGGUGCUUCAGUACCUGUACACGGGCAGUCUGGACGAGGGCCGAGGGGAUCUGAUGCAGGUGGCCACCAUCGCAGAGCUGCUUGAGGUCUUUGACCUGCGGAUGAUGGUGGCCAAUGUUCUCAACAGAGAGAGCUUCAUGAACCAGGAGAUCACCAAGGCUUUCCACGUCCGCAGAGCCAACCGCAUCAAGGAGUGUCUCAAUAAAGGGACCUAUGCUGAUGUGGUCUUCCGACUGGACGAUGGCUGCCUCCCGGCCCACAAGCCCCUGCUCAUCUCCAGCUGCAACUGGAUGGCUGCCAUGUUCCGUGGCUCUUUCAUGGAAAGCUACAUUGAGGAGGUAUCCAUUCCUGACACCAGUGCAGCCUGUAUGCGUGGGACGUUGGAGUUCCUGUACUGUGGAAUGCUGACACCCUGUCCUGGUCUGGAUCCCAUGGAACUAAUUAUUCUCGCCAACCGCCUGUGUUUGCCACGCCUUGUCGCCCUCACAGAACAGCACGCUGUGGACGAACUUCUCCAGUUGGCAGCGAAAGGAGGUGACAUUGAUGGACAAGUGUUGGCUUACCUCGAGCUUGCACAGUUCCACAAUGCCAAGCAACUAUCCGCUUGGUGUCUCCACCACAUCUGCACUAAUUAUAAUAGCAUCUGCCGCAAGUUUCCCAAAGACAUGAAGGCCAUGUCUCCAGAAAACCAGAGGCACUUUGAGAAGCAGCGCUGGCCUCCUGUGUGGUUCCUGAAGGAGGAGGACCGCUAUCUGCGCUCUCAGAAGGAGCGCGAGCGUGAGGAGGAGAUCUUGCGCAAGCAACACACCAAACGGGGCUGGUGUUUCUGGAGACACCCGUCCUCCUCUCCGCACGUCUCCUAAAGGGUUUUCCACCACUGACUUCUUUACCCCGACCUGGGUCAUCCUACCCACUAACCCCCCCCCCCCCUGUAACGCAUAUACGUAGAGGAGGUCCGCUUUAAAUCCUCUAUCAGUGGAGAAAUGACUCUCAGUGCUACGAUGCCUGAAUGUCAGCAUGUUUGGGGGAAUGUAUGUGCCUCUUUAUAAUUGUGGGUGACUUCAUUAGUGUAUUCUUGGUAUGCUUGUUUGGACUUAGCUGAAGGGUAUAUGCGUGGAUGCGUGUGUGUAUGUUUGCGGUUGGCAUGAUUGAGUGAUGCUUCCGAGUUGAGUGCUUCCCAGACGCCCUGAUCUAUAAGGGCCUGCAGCGUCGCAGUCCCAGCCCUUUGUCCCCUCCACAAGAGCUCUGUCCCUCCACCAGCACUCACAGUGUCCAAGCCUUUGAGUGAUUUGCCUGGGAGCAAGGGCUCUCUCGAUCUCUCUCAGUCUCCUUCCUUCACAUUGACCUUAAUGACUAUUACACAUUGACCACUGCAGCUCCUUUCGGGGAGCUUACCUCUGCCUUCACUUCUACGCAGACUGUUAGCUGGCACACACAGACCGGUGCAAAAGAUCCACCCCUCUAAAACCAGCACUGGAUUCCCAGGAACUGACACUUAACAAUGUAAUUAUUGUUUUGCUUUUAUUCGUCCUUUUUAUGUAUUUUUGCGCCCUUCUAGGACACUCUUAUCAGGGGAAAUGGCGCACACUACUCCCAGGAAGUGUUGCAAACUUUGAUUGCCAUUGCAACGAUGGGACUGUUAAUCUAGAGCCCAGGUUAGGGUGUAAGGGCAACCCUAAAACCGUUAGCAAGUUGGGAUGCUCCAGUCAGGAGGCUUGAUCAUAGCUGUUAGCCUCCAGUCCAGUACUGAAGUGGUUCUUGGUGUCCAUCGUUCACUCCUGUGCAUCCCGCCCAGUCCUCCUGCACACCCCGCAAAAAAAAAAAAAAGAAGCAAAACACACGCUCUCCUUGAUGAGUUGGAUUCACCAAUCUGCACUUCAGAGACAUUCAAAGUGACCAAUCUAUAGCAAUGAUGGGGAUGAAGAGGGCUAGCCUUCCUUGAUACCUCUGCCAUUGAGGAAUGAUGGAUGCAGUAUUAAACAAAUGCGUUUGUAACGUCCAUGACCACUUGGUUGCAUUGAAGCACCUCAGCCAGCCUGCCUUUACACCCCUAGCCCACUAGGGGCAGCACUGCUCAGGGCCCCGGCACUAACCUUCACACUAACGGGAGUUUUUGUGCCUGUGAUUGCUUCACUCUAGUUUCAAUUAUUAAAUCAGUAUAACUUCAAUCCUUGCAGAGUGUUAGGAGAAAGCUAAAGCACAGUGUUGUGACGAGUAAAAUGGACUGUACCUGACGAUAGAUUUUUCACCUAAUUGUGAAUACCAAAGCUGUGAUUCUUUUGAUCUCUUUCUUCCUCACGUACUUUAUUUCUGCUUCCCUGCUUCCUUUAUGGGCAAGAGGGGAUGGAGGAGA